AUGUACAAUAACAUUAAGCUUAUAAUCACAUCGUAUACCUAUUACACGGUGUUACCUUAUUGUUACCCUAAUCUCCUCUACACAGCUGCCAUCAAACCAAAUCUCAUCCAUCUCUGUUUAUCUCUUCAGCCCUACGACGUCAGGUGUUCUUCCCUGACUCCGGCAACAUCACACACAAGCAGCACACCACCACCUAUCUCCACCAAAGAUGCAAUCGACACCCUGGAAGUCCACCGUUUCCGUCACCGCUGUCCGCCACUUCUACCUUCUGUCAAGACGAGUAGCCCUAACCCUAUCCCGCCGCCACGAUCAACCACUGAUAGAUCUCGCCGGCCGGCCGUUAGUUCAUCAUCUGCAACCGGAUUUCCAACAACGGAAGGGGCCACGAUGGGCCCAUCUAAAGCUUCUAUGGCGAUGUACAACCUCAAAGAUGCAUACAGUUUAUGGGAUAUAUUAAACACUUCCCCUGUUUGGCAAGAUCGAAUUUUUCAUGCUCUUGCUGCUCUCUAUGGCAAUGGUCGUCAUUCUGCACUUCACAUAGCUUCUUCCAAUGGCCGGAUCGAGAUUAUUUCUAUGGUUUUGGACGAUUAG